CCAUAUGUAAUUGUCGAACCGAAUUGUUGUCCACGUUUCAAAACCCAAUUCUGAUUUUCCGCCAAGUAUGCACACACAAUCUAGGUCUUCUCUUUCUCUGUGUGUGACCCACCCUCCUCCUCCCUCCUCUACCCCCACCAUCACCAUCACUCUCUUUCCUCCCUUUUAAGGUUAUUUCCAUGUCUCUCUCUCACAGUUAGAGAGAGAAAGUGAAAGAAAAAAAAGCAACAGUGUGUAGAGAGAGAAAGCGGUGCUACUAGAGAGAGAGAGAGAGUGUGUGUGUGCGCGUUGCAGACAUGGGUGCUCUUGCUCCUGUCUGUCCUUGGAUUCCUGAAGACGACUUCUUGCUCAAGAACGCCGUGGAGGCUGGUGCUUCCUUGGAAUCACUUGCUAAAGGUGCAGUGCAAUUUUCUCAGAGAUUUACUGUUCAUGAACUAAAAAAUCGCUGGGAUGCUCUUCUCUAUGAUCCAGUUAUUUCUGCAGAAGCAUCUGCUCACAUGAUUGAGUUUGAGCGCGCUGCUUCAUCUCUUCCAUCAAAACCUAAUAGAUUUGAAAACUCAAAAGAAGUCAAAUGUGUUUCUGGGAAGAGAAAAGCUGAAAGUGUCCGUAAUUGUUACUAUUCAAUGCGUAAAAGAAUUUGCAAUGAGCCAUUUGACUCGAUGGAUCUGAAUUUUGUUGUUGAGCCUGGUCAUAAUAAUUUUUUUGGAAAUGGAGAUCAACCUUCUGCAAAUUCCAUUCUUGGAGAUCCAAUCUCAAAUAAUUUUGGAUUAGAGGACUCAAAUCUUGAUAUAACAUGCUGUUCCUUUCCAGAAUUUGGAGCAGGUAAUAUUGCUUCUGCUAAUGUUGGUGUUACUGUCGAUGCAUUUUAUACAAGAUUCCACAAUCCAGUUGAAGAGGAUCUUCGCGUGGCGCACAAUAAUAUGCUUGAACGAAUUCCUUGUAAUAUUGGAGAGAAUGGUCCUCUUGCUAUGAGUUGUUCAGGUUUUGAGGAAUUAGGUCAACCAAAAGUGCCAGUCUCUAACCUGUUUGAAAGCAUUGGUAAUAGGGAAAAUUUGCACUCCGAAUUUGGAGGAAGCCAGGUAUUUAAUUCACCAAUCUCAGAUUGUGGCGCAUCAUUACACAACUUGGGGUAUGCUUCUCCACUGCCCCCGAUUCCAAUCUGGAGAACAUGUGAGGGUGUUUCGGCCCUUACUAUUCCUGAUGUUCACCUGAGAGUGAAUGAACAUGACAUGGAGGAUACAUUUGCACUUCCUAAAGAUGGUAAUAUGGAUAAGGCCAAAACUUCAGGAUAUGAUGUUGUCCACAUGGAUUGCAAGCAGAAAGAUCAAAUGCCAUGUGACAACUCAAAGAAUUCAACUUCCAGCCCAAAUGAUUAUUUGGCAGAGUUGUCCAAUACACUAAUGAAUUUUACAAAUGAGGAGCUUCUCUUCAUGAAUGCUGAUGAAAAAGAUGGAAUUGAAAAGUCUUAUAUUGAUGGCUUCAGCUCCCUUUUGUUGGAUUCUUCUAAUGGGGACAUGCCUAAUAUUGCUGCAACUGAAGUAGCAGUGGCUCCAGAUAAUUAUCUUGGAACUUCUGGUGGUGAACAUUGUGAAGAAUUAGAUGACAUGGGGCAGUCUCAUUAUGGUGAUGGAUAUGCAGUUUGCAAUUCCAGGUCCCAAAUGCUGCCAUGUGCAUCAGCUGUGAAUACUGAAUUCCCUGAAAUGCGCAAUGGAGUAAUUUGCUGCACAUUGAACACUGAAGAAACUGAAAUUCCGAGCAAUGAUGACGUUUUUCUACCCAAUCAGAUGCCGUCGUCCUCUCUUUCAUCUCCAACACAAUUGAUAUUUCAUGAAGCUAAUAAUCCAACUUCCUCAUUUGUGAAGGGCUUCUCAGAUCAUCAGAAAGCAAAUGCAGGUUGCCUGAACCUAAUGAAGAGAGAACAGUGUCACUUUCCCCCCCGGAUGAGAGGAUCACAGAUGGUACCAGAAAUGGGUCUAAGUCAUGUAGUUGGUGAUCGUGGGGUUAAAUUUGAGUUGUCAAACAAUGACAGCUCGUAUUUGCCAUUUCAGGUGUCAAGUACUGCUUGUCAAGGUUCAAGUAAAAUCAGUGUAGCAAAUGUGAGUACAACCCCUUUCCCUUCUGCAACUCUGAAAGAUAAGGCUACAGAUAUUGAACAGUCAAAGCAUCUGAAUUAUAAUGCUGAUUAUUAUGUAGAGAAGCCAGCUCCUGGUUUUGAUUGCCCUUUGAGCUAUCCUCAGGGAAAAGCUAUCAGCAUUAAACAGGAAGUAAAUUCAACAACAAUUCAAAAUCAGCAAGCAUUACCUGCAGAAUUGAGCUCUGGAGAACUGUUUGUAAACCAUUCAUCAACAGAUCAAGAACAACUUCAUUUAGAGAAUGAUGGUGACAUACCCCAUUUUUCUGAUGUUGAAGCAAUGAUACUUAGUAUGGAUUUGAGUCCAGAUGACCAGGAUUUAUAUUCCAGCAGGGAAGUGUCAAGAUAUCAGCAUGAGGACAGUAAGAGGGCAAUCAUAAGGCUUGAGCAGGCUGCUCACUCUUGUAUGCAGAGACUCAUUGCAUCUCAAGGAGCAUUGGCUGUUUUGUAUGGCCGCCAUUCAAAGUUUUAUAUCAAGAAAUCUGAGGUUUUCCUUGGAAGAUCAACAGAAGAUUUUGAUGUUGACAUAGACUUGGGAAGAGAAGAGUAUGCUUAUAAAAUCUCUAGACGGCAGGCAAUUAUAAAGAUGGACCAAAGCGGAUCUUUUUAUCUGAAGAACCUUGGCAAGUGUUCAAUCUUCGUAAACAACAAGGAAAUAGUACCUAAACAGAGUAUAAACCUUACUUCAAGUUGUUUGAUUGAGGUAAAAGGAAUGAAAUGCCGUUCAUAUUUGAAACAAAUCAAACUCGUGUGAAGCAGUAUGCUGAUUGCACCACCAAGGAAAGCCAUACCCAGGACCACAAAGUCUGAGUAGUGCGGUGUUUAAAUGAGUUGGGAUGCUGUCAGAAGGUGCUUUUUUUUUUGUCACUGCACUUUUCAGCUCCUUGGGUUUACUGUAAUCUGUUGUAUGUAUCUAUCAGAAUCUGUUUCUUGCUGUUAGAGACUCGUUCCACUCAUGUUUAAAUAUAUAUAAUAGAACACUUGCUUCUCUUA